AUUCCGCCCUUGUUACGCGACUCAAGAUUCAUGUUCCAAGUCUCACAAUCUUUUCCAAUCGUACGCUCGUGGCUCGCCCCAAUUAUAAAUAAAUCCCCAAAAUGAACUCGGACUCCAUAACUCAUCGCCCUCUAUUAUUAUUUCGCAAAAGUGCGAGAUGAACCGAACCCACCUCGAUCUCUCACCAAUUCGCCGAUAUCGCAAAAUUAACCUCAAUUCCUCGAAAUUUCAAGUUAUGUGGGAUUAUGUGGUUUGAGCAUUGAUUAAUGUUUUGGCAUGGAUGGUGUGUAACUGAUGUAGCAUCGGAUCAGUGUCUUUGUUUCUCUCGUCAGCUAAGAACAUUGCCCGGGGUUUUUUUAUUUCUGAAUUGGUGGAUAGCUAAGGAACAUAGUUCAUGGACUUGAAUGCAUCACCGUUGCCUGAAGAUGAUGAACAGUCAUAUGAAGAAUAUGUUGAUGAUGCACAACCAUCAGAAUCAGUGCAAACCAUGCUUAGGGAGCGUGAAGAAAGGCGUCGUCGGUUGAAAAGAGAAAACAGGGAUGAAGGUCCGAAGCAGUUUUCAGAACCUUCUAGGAAUGAUUAUAUGCAUCAAAAUAGAACUUCCAGAGGUUAUGGAAGGGUUAGGCAGCUCCCACAAGGUUGGUUGGAUUGCCCUUCACAUGGACAACCCAUAGGAUAUAUGAUACCUUCAAAGGUUCCUCUAGAUGAAUCUUAUAAUGAUUUAGUGGCUCCUGGCAAGAGAUAUUCUUCGAAACAAGUGAUAAAUUCCCUGAGAAGAAAUCAGCGGGAACUUGGUUUGGUGAUUGAUUUGACAAAUACAACACGGUACUAUUCACCAUCUGAAUGGACAAAGCUAGGUAUUAAGCACAUCAAGAUCCGAUGCAAGGGGCGGGAUGCUGUACCAGAUAAUGAGUCUGUCAAUUCAUUUGUCUAUGAGGUUAUGCAGUUCCUCUCCCGUCAUAAGCACUCAAAGAAGUAUAUUCUUGUCCACUGUACACACGGGCAUAAUCGUACGGGUUUCAUGAUUAUCAACUUCCUCAUGCGUUCACAGCCUAUGCAUGUAGCAGAGGCGGUAAACGUAUUUGCUCAGAAGCGGCCUCCAGGAAUCUACAAACAAGAUUACAUUGAAGCACUGUACACAUUUUACCAUGAAAGUCCUGAAAAUUUGAUUUGUCCUCCCACUCCAGAAUGGAAGAGACCUUCAGAUCUUGAUUUGAAUGGUGAAGCUAUGCCAGAUGAGGAUGAUGAUGGAAAUACUGACGCUCACGCUCCUUUGCAUGAACAUGUGGAGAACACACUGAUAACAAAUGAUGAUGUCCUAGGAGAUCCAAUACCUUAUGACCAGCAAGAUGCUAUGCGCCAUAUUUGUUACCAGUUAUUUGAUUUGACUCCUAGUGGGAGAGGAAAUGCACAAUUUCCGGGAUCACAUCCUGUUUCUCUCAACAGGGAGAAUCUGCAAUUACUUAGGCAACGCUAUUAUUAUGCUACAUGGAAAGCUGACGGGACCCGGUAUAUGAUGCUUAUUACCACCCAUGGCUGCUACCUAAUUGAUCGAAAUUUUACUUUCCGUAGAAUCCAGAUGCGAUUUCCUAUGAAGAAUAUUAAUGAGGGCUUCCAUAACUUGACAUUGCUUGACGGAGAAAUGGUUAUCGACAAAAUACCUUCUGGACUUAAGAGAAGAUAUCUGAUAUAUGAUUUGGUGGCACUUAGUUCUCGUUCUGUAGUAAAGCUGCCCUUUUCUGAAAGGUGGAAACUACUUGAGGAAGAAGUAAUUCGACCUAGAAAUCAUGAAAGGAAACAGUUUGAAAGCGAGGGUAAAUGCAACCCAAUAUAUAGAUACGACAUGGAGCCAUUUGCAGUUAGGCAGAAGGGAUUUUGGUUACUAUCUACAGUUAAUAAGCUGCUAAAAGACUUUAUACCAAAUCUUUGUCACGAAGCUGAUGGCCUUAUUUUUCAGGGCUGGGAUGAUCCAUAUGUACCCCGUACCCAUGAAGGGCUUCUGAAAUGGAAAUAUCCUCAAAUGAACUCAGUUGAUUUCCUUUUUGAGGUGGGAAGUGAGAACCGACAAUUGCUUUUUCUGUAUGAGAGAGGAAAAAAGAAGCUUAUGGAUGGAGCUCAAAUUGUAUUUAGAGGUGAUGAGGACAUCUCUUCCCUCUCUGGCAAGAUUGUUGAGUGCUGCUGGGAUGCAGAUGCCGACAGCUGGGUGUGUAUGCGUGUUAGAGUGGAUAAAUCCACUCCAAAUGAUAUCAACACUUACAGAAAGGUUAUGCGCAGUAUCAAGGACAAUAUUACGGAGGAAGUAUUGCUCUCUGAGAUUGCAGAGACAGUUCGCCUCCCAAUGUAUGCAGAUAGGAUAGCGGUAGCAGAAGCUCAGAGGCUUCACCAGCAUCGCCGUAGGUGAAAAAAAGUGUUCUCAAGAUAGUGCCUGGAGUAAAUAGCUAGGGCCUUUACUGGCUACUACUUGUCUCUAGUAGUAUAGAUGUGUAAUUAUAGGAUCUGUUUUUGUAGAACUGUUGUUCGACUGGGUCUUAUAUUUUACAAGCAUAGUUCGAGUAGAAAGUAUUAUGUGCGUCUUCUUUUCUCUCAGAUAUAUUUUUUUUAGGAAGACACGUAGAUUGGCAAGACUUUUAUGAGUGUAGAAAUGCAAGAUGGUGUGGUUAUCAGGCGGUUGAUUGUGAUGAGGUGAUUAAAUAAAAGGAUGGCAUUUAGGUCU